AGGCUUGAUUUAAAAGUAGUCAGAGUUGCAGCGGACCUGCAGGUUUCUGGGAGUUUGUCCCAGAUAUUUGGCAAGACCCCUAACCAAAUGCUCACACUCCUCUACCCCUAGUCUCCCCGUGAAGAGGGUCAAAGCAAAACAAUAUGUCCUCAAAGUGAUAAAGCAACAGCGCUGAACUCUCUGGCUUCUAAACUCUGAAUGCUCUCUUGUGUUCGCAGCGGAUGGACCUGAGUGUGGGCGAACACUCCCGAACUCUUCCAGGUCUCAAACUCUCCAACCCUUACAACAAGCUGUGGAGUGUGGAGCAGGACGUCUGCGGGCCCCCCCUCUCCGACAGACCUCCAUCCGUCCAACUUCCCUCGCAGAUGGAAAUCCACUCUCUUAGCCCGAGUCCAUGCCUUGACACCUUGGAUCCUUCCACCUCCGGGAACAUCACCAUCCCUCGUCCUCAAGGUAGAAGAACGCCAGAGCUCGGCGGUGUGUUAGCGCCCCCCGCGACGCAAAUACGCUCCAAACCAGCAGAAGGAGGUGAAGGAGGGACGUCUUCUUCAGGGGGGCAGGAGUUCAGGCAGGCCCUGAGCAUGAGCACCGAUGGAGACCUGAUGGAGUCCUCCGUGGACAGCAUAGAUCUGAUGAGCCUUCUGGACCCCCUAAGCAGUAGCAGCAGCUCGGCACCCAGCCCCCACUCUUCCAGCAAACCAACACUACCACCCAGGUCUUACCCUCAGGGCUUGCCUCCGUUCCCGAUGCACCCUCACAUGCCCCUCAACCCUUUCUCCCACUCUCUGCAGAACACACAGAUACGUUUCCCACUCACUGUAGGAGGGAAUCCUUUCAAUGCAGCCUACGGGCAUCAAGCAGGCUCUUACUUACACACUCAGCCUCAGUCCUUUUCUACACUACCAGGACUGUACAGACAGAAUUCCCCCAGCUAUGGACUGCAGCACUUCCCUUCCUCUCGGCCGCUUUUCUCUGCCAGCAAUCACGCUCUAUCCAGUUUAGCCGACUCUUCUGUCCCCAGUGCAGCCGUGAACUUACUGGAGAAGCCGCUCUGUGCUGAUUCGGACAGCCAGAAGACUCAGGAUCUGUUCGGGGAUCUGCUGACUAUGCCCAAGCCAGAUAAACCCCCCAAAAAGAAGGUGGAAGAUCUUCGGAGGAGGUGGGAAACCUUUGACUGAAUAUGUACUCUACCCAAACUCUCCUCACUACUGACUCCAGACCUUCUAUUGCGUUCAGCUCUAAAACAUGCAACACUUACACUGUUUUUUAAAACAUUAUCUUUAUCGUGUGGCAUCAUUUCCCUGCACGCGAACAUUGAAGGUUCUUUGUUGGCUUUAUUCAAACUCGGAUGAAAUGACUCAACCACUUUCUUGUCGUUUCCCUUCAACACCUUUUUGGUUGGAUGUCUAAAAUAAGAUCUGUGGUUAACACAAGUGUAAUGUUUGAUUCUAGGAGAUGAAAUACAUCAGAAAACACCCCGCUGGUGAAUGUCAGACGCCUCCAUGUGUCGUAAACACAAUAUAGACAGUGGUUGCCAACAAGUGACGAUUUAAUCAUCAUGCAGAACAUUAGCCGCCUUUAGCUUAGCGUGGUGACCUUAAGCCUAACAUUAGUUAUGUACUUCUGCCGACUGCAUUUAUGCUUCAACAAUCAUAGAAGUAGUUUAAAUAUGUGGAGGUUUUCCUGCUGAACAAAACAUGUAGGUUUCAUGAACGUGUGUUUGCCACAGAGCUUAUUUUCUGCACUAUUUCCAAAACACAUGGGAAAAAUCCCAUUGCUUUUUGUGAAGGGAAACGGGAGAUGCUAACUUCAGGGUCUGUCACUACAUCACUCUAUUACCGCCAUGAACCACAAAUCAAGACUGAAAAAGAGCUUUUAUUACCAAAACACAGUUUAUAAGUGGAACAUGAAUUCACAUCCACACAUAUUUAUUUAUGACUUUUGUUGUACGCUUUUCCGACGUGAUUUUCGACUAUUGUUGUGUGUCAAACUAUCCGAGAUAAAGAACCAGUUACUGCGACAGAAGGUCCUGAUUCAGUAUGUGGGACCCCUACAUGCGCACACACACACACACACACACCACUAUCAUACUUGUCGGACGGAUCUUUUGUGUUGUCUUGUUGUCCCAGGGAAUCCCACUCAAAGCCUUGCUUCUUGAUGUUCAGAUGCCAACAGUUCUCAUUACCAGAUUGCUUCCAAAAGACUCUUAACGCCUCCACAUUAGCGAAGUGCUCAGUAUAAAUGAGUAUAGAUAUGAGAUUUAAAAAUUAGCUUGCAGUGUUUCUUGAAAGAGGAUAUAUGUCGCACUCACAAAACCAUCUUCUACGAUUAGCUCGUGUGCUAUGAACAUCGUAGUGGCAUUCUGGUACCGUAGCUACAAAGUGUGGUGCGUCUCAAUCAUGCAGUCAGGUCACAUAUUGAUGUUUUUUUAUAGCUUCAUGCACUGUUUUUGUUCAGUUUUCUUGCCUUCAUGAUGAACCCCAUGUUGGCUUGUCUCACUGGCCUGUGAAGAUGUGUUGCCUCCUACUGUUUUUUUAAAAGAAACUUAAAAAGAAAGCCUCCAAUAGACUGUAAUGUCCCUAAAAUGAUUUGAACAUUUCUGUCUAAUUAAAUAUAUAUGGACUUUGAAACCCUUUUUGUAUAUUAUUGUUGACUAAUUCUGCUUUAUAUAUAUAUAUAUAUGCACUUUUCUUGUGUUGGUUUUGCCUCAGUCAAGUAUUACUUUGUGUUUGAAGACAGUAAAUGAGAAACUGACUUACACGCUGCUCAUACAUUGUGAAAAACAUGGUUCUUACUCUUCUCUCCACUGUCAAUUCAACUGGGAAUAAUGAGUACACUUAAUAUGGUAAUGUAUUAAAUUAUUCCUGAUUAUU